AUGGACGAAAUUUAUGGAAUUCAAAGAGCAAAUUUGCAUGGUUGGCCAAACACAUAUGUAUUCACAAAAGCAAUGGGAGAAAUGCUUGUAGUAAAUCAAAAAGAUAAUGUACCAUUGAUCAUUAUACGACCCACAAUGAUAACAAGUACAAAUAAAGAUCCGUUUCCUGGUUGGAUUGAAGGUGUAAGAACUAUGGACAGUGUAAUAUGUGGAUAUGGUCUCGGGAAAUUAGCAUGCUUUGUCGGCAAUGCCAACACUGUUCUAGAUACAAUACCUGCAGAUUUAGUCGUCAAUUGUGUGAUCACAACCAUUGUUGUUCAUUUGGAUCAAGAUCCAAACAAAUUUAUCUACCAUAUUUCUUCAUCGCUAAGGAAUCCUUUCAAAAUUUCUGAUCUUAUAAACAUUGCAUAUGAUUAUUUUGUGAAAAAUCCUUGGAUAGAUGCAAAUGGAAAACCAAUAGUUACCUCCAAGAGACUUUGGUUGACAAGUUUGGAUGCUUUCAACAAUUAUAUGAUGUUCCGCUAUGUCAUGCCCCUAAAGGUCUCAAAUUUUGUGAACAAAAUAUUUUUCCGUUUAUUCCAAAAUAACACUUAUGAUAACAAUUGCAAAAAGAUAAGAAUGCUUAAAGGAUUGGCAAAACUAUACACUCCAUAUGCGUGUUUUAAGGGCGUGUAAGUAAUUUUCUAUGGCCUUUAGUUUUAUAAGUUAUAUUUGAUAUACUUUGAUUUGAUUCUCUUAUACGAAUAUAUGAGUUUUUUUUUCAUGCUUUUCUUUUUAUUUCAGCUUUGAUGAUACAAAUACAGAAAAUUUACGAAGGGUAGCAAAGGGCUAUAUGGGAAAUGGAGAAUUAGACUUUGACCCCACUAAUAUUGAUUGGACAAACUAUAUGAUGAAUACACACAUUCCUAGCCUAGUCAAGUAUGCUACGAAGUAAUAUCUAAAUCAACCAAUAUUCUAUUAUUGCUUCAAAAUGGCUAGACACUGCAAUGAUUUAUAAUAUUUAUGUUGGGAUAAAAUAAUUUGUGUGUGAGUUUGAUUUUAGUGGAUUGUCACUUCAUCUAAGAUAAAAAAAAAUGUGUAUGGAGUGGAAUAUGUGAAGUGACAAUUCAUCUUAUACGGGUUUAUUGGUUAAUAAUAUUUUGCCGAUUAAAAAAAAAAAUUAAGUGGUCUUGAAAUUGUAAUUGUUAGUGAGAAUUUCAGUUUCAUACCUUUAUGUUUGUAUCCAAACCUGUUCUAUGAUCCAAGUUAAGUAAUUGUAUGUGUA